GGCCGCUUCAAAAAGAACUCACGUUUUUACUGUGCAUGUGACUUCACAUAAACUUAUUAAAAUAUGGUACUAACUCCAAUAUUCCGAUUAGAACAAGAUGAUAAAAAACUCAAAGUUAUUAUUCAUGCUCCAUUGGCUAAAUUAUCUGAAAUGGAAGUAUGUGUUGAAGAACAAACUUUUUAUUUUGAUUCCUCUCCGUACUAUCUUAAAUUCGAUAUCCCGGGCUCUGUAUUAACAGAUGAAAAUACUUUUGACUAUGAAUUCAUUAAUGGUGAUAUACACAUUACAUUGGAGAAAUCUGAACCAGGACCAUUUAAAGAUUUAAAUCUAAUUACCAAAUUAUUGAUCACUUCAUCGGAAACAAAGAUUUCUAAAUGUUUAAUUGAAGAAGUGAAUGAUACUGUGACACAAAAUCAAAAUUGGUCGUUGGAUUGGUUUAGUGAUUCAAAAAAUACGAGUUCACCAUUAGAUGAUGUAAUUCUACCUAACUCACCAACUUAUGGUUUUAGUGGUUCCAAAUCUGGACUAUUCCAAGUUGAGUCGGAUUUAACACAUGUAGUGGAUUUGCCUAACCCAGAUUCUGUUGAUAUUUUCAAACGAUCAAAUCUUAGAACAAUGGAUGAAGAGAAAAAAUUUCUAGUUGAUCAUUAUCUUGCUGAUUAUUUUGAAUCAGACACUUGGAUUCAUAUGAAAAAUAUUGAUCUACCAUGGUCUCUUAAUGAUGAUAGUAACAAUUCACCAGAAUUCUCAUCUGAUGAACGGCAUCGUUUGAUCACUUUAUCAACUCGUCGACUUCCUCUUCCACCUGAUAAUGCUGUUGAAGAAAAAAUAUUAUAUUUAGGUCUACUUGAUCUAUUAUUUGCUUAUAUAUAUGAUUAUAGAGUUCGUGAAGGUGAAACAAUGACUGAAUCCGGUUGGAAUAUAGUGAAACUUGCAGCAACACUAUCAUGGUUUGAGGUUUAUCAUUCUUUACCGGAAGUGGUUGUAUCAUUCUAUAGACGUGCUUUAACUUAUCCACUUGUACGAAAUUGGAGAUUUUGUACACUUAUUAAACGAGAUGCUUCUCGUCUUUUACAACAUACUAAUACUAUACAAUGGUGUUUAAAGUGUCUAUUAGAAAUUCGUGAAUUUUUAAUCGCCUAUCCUGGUUAUCAUGUAUUCGCAGAACUAUAUCUUAAUGAUUAUAUUGUAUGGAUUCAAACACGAGCAUGUGAAUCAAACCUACAUAAUCUUGGCAAGAGUCUAGAACAAUUCAAAAUGAAAAAAGAUUUUGUUCAUUUAAACUUGAAAGAAAUUGAACAACUUGGUCAUGAAUGUUUGGAAAUGGAAAAACUACAAGAUUCAUUAAAACAAAUCUCAUUUCCUGUGAAUAAUGAUACACAAUGCGAAGAAUCGAAACCUGUACAAAUUUGAUCUGAUGAAUUUUUUUUUAAAGUUUCUGUACAUACUUUCCACCAUUUCUACCUUGAAAGACUUAUUUUUUUCCUCUUGUAUACAUGCUUUCUUCAAAUACAUUUUCGUACUAAAAUAUAUAUUUCGUUCUUCAGAAUAAACAAA